AUGGCUAUCACGGCAGAAGAAGUCGCCCAACGUUAUCCAGUUCACUGGCUCGUUUGGAAUAAUCAGCACGAAGAACUGAAGAGUUCAAUUGAGAACAAAAAAUUUUCUGCUGAAGAACUGGAGUUAAAGGAUCCCAGGGGUCGAACACCGCUGCUGUUAGCUGUGACUAUGGGUUACAUUGAAGCUGUUCGGGUGCUUCUUGAUGCUGGUGCAGAUGUCAACUGUGAAAAGGAUGGCUGGACUGCUGUGCAAGAAGCAACUGCCACUGGUGAUCAAGAACUGCUGUCGUUAGUUUUGUCCCGCCGAGACUACCAACGGCAUUUGUUGCGCGCUGGUGGUAUACCUGACCUCCUGAGGAGGUUGAGCCUCGCACCAGACUUCUAUGUGGAGAUGAAGUGGGAGUUUACUAGUUGGGUUCCACUGGUGUCGCGUAUGUGCCCAUUCGACACGUACAAAGUUUACAAGAGGGGAGGUAACGUCCGCGUCGACACUACUCUAGUUGGUUUCGACAACAACCGCUGGCAGCGCGGUGACCGCACCUACAUAUUCAGGGGGCAAGGUCGCGGCGCGCACCUGGUGGAGCUGGACCAUGCGGCGGGCACCAGCUGGCGGGAGACGCUGGAGGGGGACCCGCGCCCCCCGCCGCCCGGCCUGCUGGCGCGCCGGCUGCACGCGCCGCUCGCGCUCAACUACCUCGACACCGACAAGAUAUGCUUCGAGAGGAGCAAAAGCGGCAUAUGGGGAUGGCGGCAGGACAAGUGCGAAUCAGUGAACGGCUACGACUGCAAGGUGUUCAGCGCCAACAACGUGGAGCUGGUCUCCAAGACCAGGAGCGAACAUCUACCACGAGGGAAGAGAGUUCCUCCACCCAGGGCUCCACUGGCCGGACUGCUAGCCUUGGCUGAUGCUGACCCGCCCCCGGUCACUCCAGAGGAGGAACCCAGCACCCCACAGAGCAGUAGGUCCCGGGAAGACUUGUCAUCUAUCCCGGUGUCGUGGGAGGAAUACUUCAGCGGCGAGGUUCUAGACCGGGAUAUAGGCAGGCCAAAGCUCAUAGAAACCAAAGUGCAGAAGUUCAAAGCUACGUUGUGGUUGUGCGAAGACUACCCGUUAGAGUUACAAGAACAAAUAAUGCCGAUCCUUGACCUAAUGGCCGCCAUUUCAUCACCGCACUUCGUCAAAUUAAAAGACUUUGUGCAAAUGCAGUUACCCGCCGGCUUCCCAGUAAAGAUAGAGAUCCCGCUAUUCCACGUGCUAAACGCUCGCAUAACAUUCGGUAAUAUAUUCGCGACCGAAUCCCCCGUGCCCCACAUAGAGUGCAUACAAGAAGGCGAACGUUUGUCCUGCGUUAUUGACGACGCUUGCUUCAACUUGGGGGCGAGAUAUAGGGAUCUUACAGCCCCCGACCACCCUUGUAUGGACGACGAUGAAGGAUUAUUACAAUAUGCCAUACAACAGAGCCUCAUGGACGCGGGAUCCAGUGACGACCAGGUAGACGUAUGGGAAGCGCUAAGAGGCGCUCGGCCAGUGUCUCCGCCGGCCAGACCUCACCUGUUCGAACACGACGAGAGGCAGCUGCAAAGAGCGAUAGAGGCGUCGCUCGCGUCGCUGUCACUCGCCACCCCCACCACUCCCCUCGAAGGGGACCGGAUGAAGGGAGUGGGGGUAGAAGAAGAAGACGUAGAAGGGGAGUGCGAUGAAGAAUUGCGGCAAGCUUUGAUGCUGUCUGCGAGGGAACACGCAGCCAGGGACGAGCAGAUGGAAGCGGAACAAAGGGCUCUGGAUGAAGCCCUUCGUUUGUCGCUAUUAGAGAAAUAA